AGAUAUAGAAUAAGACAAUUAUUACAGAAACAGGAAUAGUUCAAGUAAUGGUUUGACAAAGUAGAACAUAUCAGAGAAGUCCUGGAUAAUGGAUACUGGAGCUCUCUGAGUAAGGGUCAGCACAGUGAAGACAGAUUGCAGUGGGUUAAAAGAAUAAAUGAUGAGGAAAUGGAGGCAGUGGGUGUGGGCAGUUCAAAGGAAAAGAAAAACAGAAUUUUUCUUGAGUCAGGCAAAGGUUUUGUCCAAAUAAUAGAGACCUAAGACAGCUGGGGGUAGGAAGGAGUAAGUUGAUGAGAGAAAUGAUGCAUCAAUAGUGACUAUCUUGAGAGAAGGACAGUGCACCAACAGCAGGAAGGAAGGGCAGGUACAGGAGCACAGGCUGGGGACAUGCUUCUUUCUGUGAAGUUGCAGGCGUGGGGGCCUGAAAAUCUGAAGCAUUGAGGGGUCACACGCACAUGGUGAGGGAGAUCCAAAACAGUGCACCUGGGAGGUGGGAGUACUGACCCCAGGGCCUCCAUCUUAGACAUAAACUAGCAGGAACCACCCCUUCCCAAGCAUCAGGGGCUCACAGAAGUGGAAGCAAGGAAUUUCCAGAGGUGGAAAUUCCCAGGACUGUGGUUGAUCAAACUGGAUACACUUUGUCCUUGAAGUGAGGCACUGAAAAAUGUUAACUUCCAAGUUUUGUAUGUGCUACUGGGUUUGUGACCGUUCUCCUCAAAUGAUCAGUUGGGCCAUCUCUGGGGAACAGUGCCAGGUGUGCUGACCUCAAAAGGCAGGAUGUGCACUAAGCAGGUGGACAGGUCUUCACAGUACUGCCAUUUUCUUCCUCAUUGAUUCACUCAGUGAUUUAUUCAAGGAGUUUAUUCAGCUUUGUUGGAGACUUACUAAUGUGCAACCUCUCCUCAGAGGCCCACCCCCUAAAGUAGGGGACUGACACACUCCUGACCUGCAGGCUAGUCCCCUUCAGAGGCUUUAUUUACUUUGCUGUCUCCCUAGGCUCUCUGUCCUCUUCCAGCCCAUGCUGCCUGUGAACAUUUUGCCUGAACAGUAGAAGUUCCACGCUCCCUAGUAGUCCCACCUCUCUACUGCUGAGAAAGGGUGCUUGGGCUUCUGUAAAGGGCUAUGGGAGAUGAUAAUGUCCAUCUUCUCCACUAAGAUGAAAACACAGCUGCCAAAUUGGUAGGAGCUCCCCACCCCCCUUUCAGAAGGGGCUGUUGGCAGGGUGGGGGAAGGGCUGGAGAAAUUGGAUGAUGGAGGUGGACAAGGUUGGGGGAGGACGUCACAUUUUAUUAAUGUCCACUGCCUCCCUCCUCCACUGUCACCCCCUUCAGACUCAGGGACUGGUGGCUUUGGGUGGGGAGAGAACCCCCGCUCCCCUCUUUAUCUUCCUGCCCAGAUGCCCAAAUAUUUCUGGGUCUCUGGAGAAAAAAGACCCCUCACCCUGCCCCAGGCGCCAGGCUGCCAGCCCAUCUGCUGAGGAGUAAGGAGGGGCAGAGUGUUUUCCAGGAGAUCCUGGAGAAUGGAUUGGAAGAUCAGAUCUGUGUUCCCAGGGAGACCCAUCUACCAGACUUAGAAGGCAUUUCGGCUUAGAGGGGUACCAGCAGCCUGGUGCUCAACACCGGAGCGGUCUGGGGCCGAGGUGCUAGGGUUGCCACAGCGGGGCGGGAUCCUUUGGCCCUCACGUGUAGAGGCAGGCCGAACUGCUCAUCGGUGCCCACCCGCCUCAGGAUGGUAGGAACAUCUCCCUCACUGCGCCCAGUCUCACCGGCUAGGAGGCGCCAGGGCCCCCCCGGGGCGGGGGCGGGCCAGGGAAGGUAAUGUAAUUCCGACCCAGCUAACCCGAUUAUGGCGGCCUGCACCGGGCUGGGCGGCGGCGGGGGCGGGUCUAAGGCGCAGGGACCCCCCCCCACCGGUCGGGGGUCCCAUCCCGGGGAGGGACGCAGAGUUCACACACUUCCAGCUCCUGGGUCCGCGGCCAGAGGUCACAAGGUCACCGAGCGGCUUGGGGCUCUCCCUGCCUCAGUUCUCUGAUAUGCUCCAGGCAGUUGCUGGGGCUUGGGUGGGGUGAAGUGUCUAUGGGAAAUGAGGCGGCUAGAAUCCUCCGAAAGCUUCAGUGAGGUUCCACGUGUCGCCUAUAGCGAUUUUGACCCCACGUCUUUGAGGGGCGGGGUGUGUGUGUGCGAGAAAAGACUUACGAGGUGCAGAGUGGAAGGGUAGAGUCCCGCGCUCGUGGGCCUGUGUCAGGGGCAGAACGCCAGCCCCAAACUGAGUUCGCCCGGGUUGAGCCACCCGUCCGCUUUACACCGGUUUCCGAAAAUCGAAAUUCUAAGAAACACAGGGCACAGGUUACUGGCUCUAGCAGAAAGAGUAAGGGGCCCUACGGCAGAGGCUGUAGGUGCACCGGGAUCGCUGGCCCUCAGUGUGUCGCCCGCCCUAGCCCGCUGGACGCGCCUUGGUACCCUCUUCCCACACCUGUCCUCUUCCCGGGCCUCCAGUUCGCUGGCGCCGUUCCCCAACCGCUUUUCAUGGCAGCCAGGAAGCCACAACGAGAUUUGGUCUUCGAAGGCACUUGGGCGGGGGCCACAACGAAUCCGGGGGUCGGCAGGCAGGACCCAUCGAGAGGCGAAGAUUGGGGACUGUGAGAGGAGGCACCCGUGAGGAAGCGGGCGAGACGAAGGAAGCCCAAAGGCGGAGGCCGGCGAGGAUGGAGUUCCGUGUGCAUCUCGGCUGACUCAGCGAGCAACAGCGCGAGUUGUAGCCCCUCCCGUGCUGAGCCUGGUUCCUAACACCCUCGCGACCAUCCCCGCCCGUCAGUCUUUCCCGUGCUUGGCGCAAACAGGCGUCUCUUCCCCUUUAACGGACCCAGCCCCGCCCCUGCCCUAUUCCCAGCCCUCACUGCCCACCGAGGCUGAUCUGUCAGUCAUUGCCCCAGCCCCAGCCUGCCAACCCUCUCCACCCCAGACUCCAGCAGAGGCCCCGGCAGCCCAGCGUCCAUCCGCGCUUCAGACCCAGCAAGGGUGCUCUUGGGGCCCCGGCGGGUCGCGCUCCCCCGGGAUGCGAGUCCCUGUGCCGAGGCCCGGCAGAAGCCGGCACUGGCACAGCUACUCCCGGUGCGCAGGGAUGAAGCUGUACUGGGGUCCCCGGCGCCUCGCUGCAGCCAACUCCGCUGGCCCCUGAAGCCGCCGCCCCGAGCGCUCCGCAGCUGGGCUCCCAGAGCUGCCUGGGAAGCCAUCCCCAGCAGCCGAACAUCCCGCGGUCUUCCCGAUCCGGCCCCAUGGAUCCGGCGGUGCUGGCUUCGCACAACCUCCCGCACCACGAGCCGAUCAGCUUUGGCAUCGAUCAGAUCCUGAGCUGCCCGGAACCCCCCGGGAGCGGCCUAGGCCCCGGUCGCACGGGCCAGGGCCAUGGGGAGAGUGCGGCUUUCUCGGGUGGCUUUCACGGAGCCACGAGCUAUGGCUCCGCGGGCUCGCUGGCCCCGCUACCCGGCAGCUCCGGCGUGGGCCCGGGCGGCGUGAUCCGCGUCCCGGCACACCGCCCUCUGCCAGUGCCACCGCCCGCGGGAGGCGCGCCUGCGGUGCCUGGACCCUCGGGCUUGGGCGGCGCCGGGGGCCUAGCGGGACUCACCUUCCCCUGGAUGGACAGCGGCCGCCGUUUUGCCAAGGACCGGCUCACGGCCGCGCUCUCGCCCUUCUCCGGGACGCGCCGCAUAGGCCACCCCUACCAAAACCGGACCCCCCCGAAGCGGAAGAAGCCGCGCACAUCCUUCUCCCGCUCGCAGGUGCUGGAACUGGAGCGCCGCUUCCUGCGCCAGAAGUACCUGGCUUCGGCCGAGAGAGCGGCGCUGGCCAAGGCCCUGCGCAUGACCGACGCACAGGUCAAGACGUGGUUCCAGAAUCGGCGCACAAAGUGGCGGCGCCAAACGGCGGAAGAGCGCGAGGCGGAGAGGCACCGCGCGGGCCGGUUGCUCCUGCACCUGCAGCAGGACGCGCUGCCGCGGCCGCUGCGGCCGCCGCUGCCCCCGGACCCGCUCUGCCUGCACAACUCGUCGCUCUUCGCGCUGCAGAAUCUGCAGCCCUGGGCAGAGGACAACAAGGUGGCUUCCGUGUCCGGGCUCGCCUCGGUGGUGUGAGCGGCGCCUGCCCCACCGGCCGAGCUCUCUUUUCCGGACCGAGGUGCCUCGUGGAGCACCGGGCCCAGGGCCUCGGAGGGCGCGGCUGCCCACGAGUGGACCGGUGGCAGCGGAGCGUGUGAGGAGGAGCUGGCCUUAGAGGCUACUGUCCAGGGCUUCUCGGCCCCAGCGGGCUCCCAGGCCAGCGUUGCGCUGUUGCUUGGCGCGCUAAGAUGCAGCCUUUCCCGCCAUUUUUCACUAUUGCUCUGUAGCUGGAACCUGAGGCGUCGAGAAGGCGGGACCAACCGUACGGUAGCCAAUGAGGUGAGGGGAGGUGGCAGGCUGGCCAAUGGGAGUGCUCUCCUUAGGGACUCCGGAUUCUUCGGCGGAUGGGUCGGAGCUGGGGUUUGGAGGGCCCGAGCAGGUUAAAGGUGGUGCUGGGAUGGGACUGUGGCAGCCCUCACUGGCUGGGUCUGUACCAAAGUUAUGAAGGAAGGAAGAUGCCAACGGCAGCGGAGCAAGAGUUUGACUGACUGUGUCAGGAACCAGGUUUUACAUGCUAGGCAUCUCACUCUUCAGCUGUAAAAUAAUCUCUAAGGAUUCCUUCCUGA